AUGCGCAUACCCUUCCUCCCGUCCGGCAUCGAGGACUCCAUCCCAGACGGCAUCGAUCUCCCACAAAUCUCCACCUCCACCGCCGCGGGAAUCGGCGUUGCAAUAGCGGGGAACGUCCUCAUCUCUCUCGCCCUCAACUGCCAGAAGCUCGCGCACAAACGAUUGGAGGACGAACGCGAGGCGGCCGCACAGGCACCCCGACCGCUACUCUCCCCCGACUCGGAUGGGCGCACGGCAGGGAACUCGAGCACUGGAGAGCUGGCGCAAGUUUCUGUUGUGCCUGCGGUAGUGGUGGAGACGGAGCCGUUGCUCGGGCGUGCGGGGCGCGCAGAGACAAUACCGCGAGCGCAAGACAGGAAAUGGCUCUUUUUCCGCAGGAAGACGAACCCGUUCGGUGUCAAAGAAGCGGACCACGCGCAUCUGGCGAGUACGCACGCUUUGUUGCCUGUCGAUGGGGUGCCUGUCGCCUCGAAUGGGUCUUCGCCUGCGCGCCGCAGCAAAGACAGCUCCCAGGCGGAGCCGGAGGAGAGCAAUUAUCUCAAGUCCAAGUUGUGGUGGCUCGGGUUUCUGCUCAUGAACCUGGGAGAGACGGGGAACUUCAUUUCGUACGCCUUUGCGCCGGCCUCUCUGGUGGCUCCCCUCGGAACGUUUGCUCUGAUUGCCAACUGCAUAUUCGCGCCUCUGAUGCUCAACGAGCGAUUCCGGAAGCGCGACUUCCUGGGAAUCAUCAUCGCCAUCCUCGGAGCCGUAACCGUCGUUCUCUCAGCGAACCCGUCUGACACCAGGUUGGAUCAAGACGGCUUAAUCAAGGCAAUCACCCAGCGGCCCUUUCAACUUUAUACCCUCGUAUACAUUGUCGGCAUCAUCAUCCUCUCCAGUCUCUCCGAGGGACCCACCGGCAAACAGUUUGUCUAUGUAGAUGUUGGUCUAUGCGCCCUCUUUGGCGGCUUCACCGUGCUUUCCACCAAGGCAUUCUCUACCCUGUUGACCUUGGAAUGGCUCCAGAUUUUCACCGAAUGGAUCACCUAUCCGACCGUUGCCAUCCUCGUUGGAACGGGUGUGGGACAGAUCAAGUACCUCAACCGAGCCCUGAUGCGUUUCGACAGCAAACUUGUUGUCCCCACACAGUUUGUUCUCUUCAAUCUCUCCGCUAUCGUCGGCUCUGCCUUGCUCUACGGCGAUUUCAAGAAGGCGACUUUCCACCAGAUGGUUACUUUCCUCUACGGAUGCGGCGCCACCUUCGCAGGCGUGUUCCUCAUCGCAUGGGCUCCCGCUCCGCCUCCACAUCACGAAAAUGUGGACGAAGAGGACGAGGGAGACGACACCUACGACACGCACACGCUUCGGCCCAAAUCGCGAUCGCCCAUCUCUGUAAUAGCGGCAGACGGAACCGGUCCCGCCGUCGCACGCGCUCGAGUUGGCAGCGCUGCCCGUCGACGCCCGCCGCUCGUCAUUCCCGAAGCCGGGUCUCAGGAGAUGCCAGUCAUUCGCACCCGAAAGAGCGUCGUGAGCCUGUACGGCUUCUCGCCCGCCCAGCGCGUGCUCCUGAUCGGCUCCUCCCCACAGGAGGAGCUCUUCCGCCCGCUGCACGACCCGGAGCGCGACCCCGGCGUGCCGGCGCCGGCGACGACGCCCGAGUCGCUCAGCCGCCGGCGCGCGGUCAAUUGGCUCGACAGCGAGUUCGGGGGGUGGGCGACCCCAGCGUCGUCCGCGCGGCGGUACGGUGCGACGGCGUCCACUGCGGCGUCCGCCGCGGCGUCACGCGAACCGAGCCGGGUGCGCGACCGGACGCAGUCGUCCCCCGCAGGCCCGGCGCGCCCAGGGACGAGUCGCGCGAGCAGUGUCGAUCCGUUCGCGUGA